UCAAAUUCCAAAAGAACUUUCCAAAAAUCCUCUCUUCGUCCAUCUUUCCAAUUCAACCCCUAAAUUUCCAAGAAAAAAAAAAAGAAAAUAAUGUCAUCAUCCUCAUAAACGCCCAAUCAUAACAAAAACCAUGUUCGAAAACCUCUGCACCCUACCCCUCAGCUCCGAGCUCUUCACCCAAGCUCUCCAUCCUACAGAACCCAUUCUUGCAGUUGGCCUCUCGGCAGGUCAUGUUCACUGUUUUCGUUUACCCGCUGCGGAGGAGGAAUCGGCGCUGGAGGAUGGGGAUGGGGAUGGGGAUAUGAGUGUGCUGAGUACGGGUACUAGUACGGGGACAAGUACGAUUGAGACGGAGUGGAGGACUAGGAGACAUAAGGGGAGUUGUAGGACUUUGGGGUUUAGUUGGGAUGGGGAAGGUUUGUGCUUUUUUUUUGGUUUUGGAGAGGAUCUGUUUUGGGAUUGGAUUUCAAUCAAUGGGUUUCUAACUUUUUUUUAUUUUUUAAAUUGUUUUAAUGAUUAAUCACUGACUUCAAAACCCAGUUCUCUAUUCCGCUGGCACAGAUUCCCUCCUCAAAGCAGCUGCAUCUGCCACCGGGCAAGUAAUCUCCAAAAUCCGCAUACCAAACUCGAACACCGACGCACUUGAUCCGCCAACUCUUCUCCAUGCACUAUCCCCCCAAACUCUUCUCCUCGCCACCGAUUCUUGCGCAUUACAUCUUUACGAUCUCCGCGACGUCUCAUCAUUCAAAUCAGGCAGACCGGCACAAACGCAUUAUCCACACGAAGAUUACAUAUCUAGUUUAUCACCACUUCCUCCUACGGAAAUGAGCACGAGUGGGUUUAGUAAACAGUGGGUUACGACGGGGGGGACUACAUUAGCGGUUACGGAUUUGAGGAGGGGGUGUUGGUUAAGAGUGAGGAUCAGGAGGAGGAAUUGUUGAGUAGUGUUUUGUGGGGGUUACCGGCGAGGGGAAAUAUGGGAGGAGAAGGUUUGUGUGGGGAAUGGGAAUGGGGUUAUUACGCUUUGGGAGAAGGGGUUUGGGAUGAUCAGUCGGAGAGGAUUAUUGUGGAUGGCGGAGGGAAGGUGGGUGGGGAGAGUUUGGAUUCGAUGGUUGCGGUGCCGGAGGAGUUGGAGAGGAGUUAUGGGAAAUGUGUAGUGGUUGGAUGAUGGGAGUGGAGGGAGGGUUGGGGAAUGAAGGGUGGAGGAUGAACAUGAUGAUAUGGAGGUGGUUGCUGGAUUUGAAAGAUGGAGGUGGAGAAACGGUUAAAGGAAGAAGACGAAGAUGAAGAAGAAGAAGAUAUUGAAGAUCGUGAUGAUGAAGUCAUAGGGGAAAGUGGAAAAAGAACAUUGGAAAAAGAAAGCGAUGAUAGUGAUGCAAAGGCGGAUAGUAGUGAUGAGGAAGAUGGUGGUCGUAAGAAACGUAAGAAGAAGAAGAGGGGUAAGAAAGGUCAGGUUGGAAAUGGUAUUUUGGGUUUUAAGGGGAUGGAAUAAUGAGUAUUAAGGUUAGGUUAGGUUAGGUUUAGUUGGUUGAAAGAUACCCUGUUACCCUGUUUGUAUCAUAUCUUUUUUGUAUUGUAUUGUAUGAUAUGAUAUGGUAUGGUAUAGUGUUCAAGUUUUGCGAGUUCCGGAUUGCAGAUUACA